AUGGCUCGCUUUGGGGAGGCAGUGGCCGGCAGGCUGGGCUCUGGAGAUGGGGGCUCCGACCAGAACCGGAGCCGGCAAGGAGCUCCUGCCCCUGCGGGAGGGAGCCCGGGAGCCUUCAAGCAAACCAAAGCGCAGAGAGCCCGGACUAUGGCUCUGUACAACCCCAUCCCCGUCCGGCAGAACUGCUUCACCGUCAACAGAUCGCUCUUCCUCUUUGGGGAAGAGAACAUAGUCAGGAAAUAUGCCAAGAAGCUCAUCGACUGGCCUCCCUUCGAGUACAUGAUCCUGGCGACCAUCAUUGCCAACUGCAUCGUGCUGGCCCUGGAGCAGCACCUCCCCGAGGAUGACAAGACGCCCAUGUCACGGAGAUUAGAGAAGACGGAGCCCUACUUCAUUGGGAUUUUCUGCUUUGAGGCUGGGAUUAAGAUUGUGGCCCUGGGAUUUGUUUUCCACAAGGGCUCGUACCUGCGCAAUGGCUGGAACGUCAUGGAUUUCAUUGUGGUCCUCAGCGGCAUCCUGGCCACGGCCGGGACACACUUCAACACCCACGUGGACCUGCGGACGCUGCGGGCCGUGCGCGUGCUCCGGCCUCUGAAGCUCGUCUCGGGCAUUCCCAGCUUGCAGAUUGUCCUGAAAUCCAUCAUGAAGGCCAUGGUGCCUCUCCUCCAGAUUGGCCUGCUGCUCUUUUUUGCUAUCCUCAUGUUUGCCAUCAUUGGCCUGGAGUUCUAUAGCGGGAAGCUGCACCGAGCCUGCUACACAAACAAUUCAGGUGAACUAGAGGAGCUGGACCCUCCCCAUCCAUGUGGGGUGCAGGGUUGCCCCCCGGGCUACGAGUGCCGGGAGUGGAUUGGUCCCAACGACGGGAUCACGCAGUUUGACAACAUCCUCUUUGCUGUGCUGACCGUCUUCCAGUGCAUCACCAUGGAAGGGUGGACCACAGUCCUGUACAAUACCAAUGAUGCCUUAGGAGCCACCUGGAACUGGCUGUACUUCAUCCCUCUCAUCAUCAUUGGAUCCUUCUUUGUCCUCAACCUUGUCCUGGGAGUGCUGUCAGGGGAGUUUGCCAAAGAGAGAGAGCGCGUGGAGAACCGCCGAGCCUUCAUGAAGCUGCGGCGCCAGCAGCAGAUCGAGCGGGAGCUCAACGGCUACCGGGCAUGGAUAGACAAAGCAGAGGAAGUCAUGCUGGCUGAAGAGAACAAAAAUUCGGGGACCUCGGCCUUAGAAGUGCUCAGGCGAGCCACCAUCAAGCGGAACCGGACGGAUGCCAUGUCGGGUGACGAGCACUGUGUCGACAUCUCCUCUGUGGGUAACCCCUCGAGUCACUCUGGCCUCAAAGGUGCCAGGGUGGAUGGUGCCUCCUACUUACGGCACAAGGAGCGACUCCUGCGCAUCUCCGUUCGCCACAUGGUGAAAUCCCAGGUCUUCUACUGGAUUGUCCUGAGCCUGGUGGCUCUCAACACUGCCUGCGUGGCCAUCGUCCAUCACAACCAGCCAGCCUGGCUCACCCACUUCCUCUACUAUGCAGAGUUCCUGUUUCUUGGGCUCUUCCUUCUGGAGAUGUCCUUAAAGAUGUACGGGAUGGGGCCACGCCUUUACUUCCAUUCCUCCUUCAACUGCUUCGACUGUGGGGUCACAGUGGGAAGCAUCUUUGAAGUGGUUUGGGCUAUAUUCAGACCAGGAACCUCUUUUGGGAUCAGUGUCCUACGAGCUCUUCGUCUCCUGCGGAUAUUUAAAAUAACCAAGUACUGGGCAUCCCUGAGGAAUUUGGUGGUCUCGCUGAUGAGCUCCAUGAAAUCUAUUAUCAGUCUGCUCUUCCUCCUCUUCCUCUUCAUUGUAGUCUUUGCCCUGCUGGGAAUGCAGCUGUUUGGAGGCAGGUUUAACUUCAUGGAUGGGACUCCAUCGGCCAACUUUGACACCUUCCCUGCAGCCAUCAUGACGGUGUUUCAGAUCCUGACCGGCGAGGACUGGAACGAGGUGAUGUACAAUGGCAUCCGCUCGCAGGGAGGUGUGCGCUCAGGGAUGUGGUCCUCCAUCUACUUCAUCAUCCUCACCUUGUUUGGAAACUAUACUCUGCUGAACGUCUUCUUGGCCAUUGCUGUGGACAACCUGGCCAACGCUCAGGAGCUCACCAAGGACGAGCAGGAGGAAGAGGAGGCCUUUAACCAGAAGCAUGCCCUUCAGAAAGCCAAAGAAGUCAGCCCCAUGUCUGCCCCAAACAUGCCUGCUAUCGAAAGAGACAGGCGGAGGAGACACCACAUGUCGAUGUGGGAGCCACGCAGCAGCCACCUGCGGGAGCGUCGCCGGCGGCACCACAUGUCGGUGUGGGAGCAGCGCACCAGCCAGCUGCGCCGCCACAUGCAGAUGUCCAGCCAGGAGGGCAUCAACAAGGAUGAGCCGCCCCUCAUCAACCCCCACGCCAGCAUCUUCCGCAGGAAGAGACCCGGGGAAGGUGUCACCCUGGAGAAAUGCGCUGAGGAGCAGGGCAAGGGCGAGCGGCCGCUGGCUGAGGGACCCGAGCAGCCAGUCCCGGGGGCCAACCCCGGCGGUGGUGAGGACAGGACAUCGCCCCGGGCCAAGCGGGACAAGGACAUGUGGCAGCAGAAAUCUUGCCAUGGGAACUGUGAGCCGGGAGAACAGGACGGGGCGGGAGGCAGCAUCGAGGAUAGGGCCAGGAUGAGACAGAGCCAGCGGCGCAGCCGGCACCGCAGAGCCCGCGUGGAGGGGAAGGACACGGCUGGCAUCUUGGGGAGCCGCUCGGCCAGCCAGGAGAUGGGGCUGGAGGAGGCCAGCACUGCCGAGGGGGCACAAGAAGGGGACCGACGUGGGGACGUGGCUUCAGGAGAGGCACUGAUUCCAGGGGAGCCAGAGGCGGGCGGAGAGUCCGUCAGGACAAAUGGGGUCCCUGCUGGCGAUGCCGAUCUGAUUGGGACCGCCAAGAAGGGGAGCCCCCCACACGCCGCCCACGAGCUCUCCCAGGGGAAGAUGGGCAACCUGACAGAGCAGGACUGCAGCAGCCCGGACACGAGCGAGCAGGCACUGCUGGAGCCCAGCCGCACCGUGAGCCGCAGCGAGCCCGACCUCUCCUCCAUCAGCCCCAACACCGAGAAGGCCACCGAGAGCACGGCCAUCAUGAUCGAUGUCCACGACUCCGCUGUGGUACAGAUUAGCAACAAGACAGACGGUGAAGCCAGCCCCUUAAAGGAGGCCGAGACCAAAGAGGAUGAGGAAGAAAUGGAGAAGAAGAAGCGGAAGAAGGAAAAGAGCGAGACGGGCAAAGCGAUGGUGCCGCACAGUUCCAUGUUUAUCUUCAGCACCACCAACCCGGUGAGGAGGGCCUGCCACUACAUCGUGAACCUGCGCUACUUUGAGAUGUGCAUCCUCCUGGUGAUCGCCGCCAGCAGCAUUGCCCUCGCCGCCGAGGAUCCCGUCCUCACCAACUCCGACCGCAACAAAGUGCUGAGGUAUUUCGACUACGUCUUCACUGGUGUCUUCACCUUCGAGAUGGUGAUCAAGAUGAUUGAUCAGGGCUUGAUCCUGCAGGAUGGCUCCUACUUCCGAGACCUCUGGAACAUCCUGGAUUUCAUCGUGGUGGUGGGAGCGCUGGUGGCUUUUGCCUUGGCGAAUGCUUUGGGGACCAACAAGGGCCGGGAUAUCAAGACCAUCAAGUCCCUCCGUGUGCUGCGGGUCUUGAGGCCCCUGAAAACCAUCAAGAGACUGCCCAAGCUGAAGGCUGUUUUUGACUGUGUCGUGACAUCUCUCAAGAACGUCUUCAACAUCCUCAUUGUCUACAAGCUCUUCAUGUUCAUCUUCGCCGUCAUCGCCGUGCAGCUCUUCAAGGGGAAGUUCUUCUACUGCACUGACAGCUCGAAGGACACGCAGAAGGACUGCAUAGGGAACUAUGUGGACCACGAGAAGAACAAGAUGGAGGUGAAAUGCCGGGAGUGGAAGCGGCACGAGUUUCACUAUGACAAUAUCAUCUGGGCUCUGCUCACCCUGUUCACGGUGUCCACUGGCGAGGGGUGGCCCCAGGUGCUGCAGCACUCGGUGGAUGUGACAGAGGAGGACCGCGGGCCCAGCCGCAGCAACCGCAUGGAGAUGUCCAUUUUUUAUGUCGUCUACUUUGUGGUCUUCCCUUUCUUCUUCGUCAACAUUUUCGUGGCUCUCAUCAUCAUCACGUUCCAAGAGCAAGGAGACAAAAUGAUGGAGGAGUGCAGCCUGGAGAAGAAUGAGAGGGCCUGCAUUGACUUUGCCAUCAGCGCCAAGCCCCUGACGCGGUACAUGCCCCAGAACAGACACACCUUCCAGUACCGCGUGUGGCACUUCGUGGUGUCCCCGUCCUUCGAGUACACCAUCAUGGCCAUGAUAGCUCUCAACACUGUGGUGCUCAUGAUGAAGUACUAUUCUGCUCCAUACACCUAUGAGCUGGCCCUGAAGUACCUGAACAUUGCCUUCACCAUGGUGUUCUCCUUGGAGUGCAUCCUUAAGAUCAUCGCUUUUGGCUUCCUGAAUUAUUUCCGGGACACCUGGAACAUUUUUGACUUCAUCACAGUCAUUGGCAGCAUUACGGAGAUCAUCCUGACAGACACCAAGCUGGUGAACACCAGCAGCUUCAACAUGAGCUUCCUGAAGCUUUUCCGGGCUGCUCGUCUCAUCAAGCUGCUCCGCCAGGGUUACACCAUCCGCAUCCUGCUCUGGACAUUUGUGCAGUCCUUCAAGGCACUCCCCUAUGUCUGCCUCCUGAUUGCCAUGCUUUUCUUCAUCUACGCCAUCAUUGGGAUGCAGGUUUUUGGCAAUAUCAAACUAGAUGAGGAAAGCCACAUUAACAGGCACAACAACUUCCGCAGCUUCUUGGGUUCCCUCAUGCUCCUCUUCAGGAGUGCCACUGGAGAGGCGUGGCAGGAGAUCAUGCUGUCCUGCCUGGAGGGCAAAGGCUGUGAGCCAGACACAACGGCGACGUCCGGGCAGAAUGAGAAUGAGCGCUGCGGCACCGACCUGGCCUAUGUUUACUUUGUGUCCUUCAUCUUCUUCUGCUCCUUCCUGAUGCUCAACCUGUUUGUGGCAGUCAUCAUGGACAACUUUGAAUACCUGACACGGGAUUCCUCCAUCCUGGGCCCUCACCAUCUGGAUGAGUUUGUCAGGAUCUGGGCAGAGUAUGACCGAGCAGCGUGUGGCCGAAUCCAUUACACUGAGAUGUAUGAAAUGCUGACUCUUAUGUCACCACCGCUAGGCCUCGGCAAGAGAUGUCCUUCCAAAGUGGCCUAUAAGAGACUGGUGCUGAUGAACAUGCCCGUGGCCGAGGACAUGACAGUCCACUUCACCUCCACCCUCAUGGCACUGAUCCGCACGGCCUUGGACAUCAAAAUUGCCAAAGGUGGUGCAGAUUGGCAGCAGUUGGACUCUGAGCUUCAAAAGGAGAUCCUGACCAUUUGGCCUCACCUGUCCCAGAAGAUGCUUGACCUGUUGGUACCCAUGCCAAAAACCUCUGACCUGACUGUUGGGAAAAUAUAUGCAGCCAUGAUGAUCAUGGAUUACUACAAGCAGAGCAAGGCGAAGAAGCAGCGGCAGCAGCUGGAGGAGCAGAAAAAUGCCCCCAUGUUCCAGCGCAUGGAGCCAUCCUCUCUGCCACAGGAAAUCAUCUCCAACGCAAAGGCUCUGCCGUACCUCCAGCAGGACACCCUCUCGGGCCUGAGCAGCCGAGGCGGGUUCCCCUCGCUGAGCCCGCUCUCACCACAGGAGAUCUUCCAGCUGGCGUGCAUGGAUCCGGCCCAGGAGCAGUACCAGGAGCACCAGUCUCUGGACCCAGAGGUUAGGGAGUUUCAAAGAGUGCAGCCCUCUAACCGUGGCAGCUACCUUCCUGUGGACACUCAGGACCACGCUGUCUCUGGGAGGGCCUCCUCCAUGCCUCGUCUCACUGUGGAUCCCCAGGUGGUGACAGACACCAGCUCCAUGCGGAGAUCAUUCUCCACCAUCCGGGACAAGCGGCCCAACAGCUCCUGGCUGGAUGAGUUCUCCAUGGAGCGCAGCAGUGACAACACCUACAAGUCCCGCCGGCGCAGCUACCACUCCUCACUCCAGCUGUCCGCCCGGCGCCUCAACGCUGACUCGGGCCACCGGUCCGAGGGGCACCGCUCUGGCAGGGAGCGGGGCCGAUCCAAAGAGCGCAAGCACCUGCUGUCCCCUGACAUCUCCCGCUGCAACUCCGAGGAGAGGAGUCCCCAGGCGCAGGAGGAGUCACCGGAGCGGCGGCGUGAGUCCCGGUCACCCAGCGAGGGCAGGUCACAGACGCCCAGCAGGCAGGGCAUGGGCUCCCUGAGCGAAAGCUCCAUCCCCUCCAUCUCGGACACCAGCACUCCCCGGCGAGGCCGCCGCCAGCUGCCGCCGGUGCCCCCCAAGCCUCGCCCCUUGCUGUCCUACGCCUCCAUGCUGCGACACGCCGGGGACACCUCUCCCCCCGCCGACGAGAGCGAGGGGGGCUCUCCGCUGCUCUCCUCCACCCUGGAUCCCAACACGGCCGGCCCGGCCGAGUCUUCCAGCUCCCCGGCGGGGAAGCAGAGCCGGCAGUCCACGCCGCAGCGCUACAUCUCGGAGCCCUACCUGGCGCUGCACGACGACUCGCACGCCUCAGACUGCGGUGAGGAGGAGACGCUCACCUUCGAGGCGGCCGUGGCCACCAGCCUUGGCCGCUCCAACACCAUCGGUUCGGCGCCGCCGCUGCGGCACAGCUGGCAGAUGCCCAAUGGGCACUACCGGCGGCGGCGGCGAGGAGCAGCGGCGCAGGGCGUCAUGUGCGGGGCCAGCAUCGACGUGCUCAGCGACACCGAGGAAGACGACAAGUGCUAGAAGCUGCCCCCCUCCGCCGUCCCGCCCCGCAACCCCCGACCCGACCCCACCUCGGCUGCCCCCCGCCCCGUACCCCGCCCGCCCUGCUGCCCUUCUCUCCGAUGCAUGCUCUUCGCCAAGCCUGGGAAUGAAAAUUUAAAAAAAAAAAACAAAACAAAAAAAAAAAAAAAAAAAAAAACCACCAAAAACCAAAAGCGGGGGGGAGGGGGGAGGGAGGGAGGGAAAAAAAAGAGGAAAAAAAUAACGAAAAACAAACAAACAAAGAAAAAAAAAAAAACCCCAACCUAAACCGACCGCAACGGAGGGGGAAGGAAAAGGAAAAAUUAACCACCGACCAAAAAAAAAAAAAAAACAACUCAACAAAAGAAAAGGAAAAAAAAAAAUCUUUGUGCAAAAAAAAAAAAAAAAUUAAAAUCUGUCGACUUUCAUUUAUUACUAUCACUUUUUUUUUUCUGCACAGAGAAGCAUUUGAUGGGCGGCGGAGCCGCCCGGCCGGGCUCGUGUGCUGGGGGACAAAGGAGACCCCCCCCAGCCGCAGCCCCGCUCCCUGUUCCAAGAGGGAUCCCCGGGAAAGCUCCUCCCGAUGGUUUUUUGCUCCCUAUGGCCGGAGAGUCCCAGCAAAGGGAUGGAAGAGGCGGCCUUUGCUCUGUCGCUUGGGCUUGUGAUGCUGUGGCUUUGAAUUUCCCUCCCUGAGGGUCUCAUCCUGCCCGGGAAAGGGGCAAGAUGCGAUGGCGGG